AGGCCACAUUUACUUUUGAAAUCAAGCACAGCGAACUGAUACAUUAUUUUCAGAGACAGAGAAACAUAGUUGACAGAGAAAAGCUACAUUUUAGGUCCUCAGAUAAGUGGGCUAGCCUGUGUAAGAGACGAAAGAAUGAAAACAAGGACCAACUCUGGCGAUGCCAUUCAUUGGCGCUCUUCUGGUGUCAAUCAAAUGUGGGCGGUGUCAGCUGACAAACGAUAGUUCCAGUAAGUCCUCACAUGUUGAACAACAGAGAGUCAAGAGGCUACACGGGGCGCAGACGGAACAUCACUACGACUGGAUAACAAAAACAAACUAGCGGGUUAACACACUGUGGACACUUAGACAACUAUUUUUUUUUUUACAUGAAAGGCCUUUUUAGAAACAUACUUUUUAUUAUUGUUAACACAGAUUUUUACCGGCUUGGGAUGUGACUUUCAGUGCAGACUUUGCGCGCAGGCGGAGCACUGUUUUCCCGGACAGAUUUAUCUUGUGUUCGCUCACAUUUCAAAGUUGCUACUUUUGAGAGGCGACAGGUUGGUCACUUUUACAUGACAUUGUAACACUUGUCUCCGUCACCUCUCGACCAUGGCCGAAGCGGCCCAGCAGCCACACCUGGUGGAAAUCGACCCGGAUUUUGAGCCCCUCUCGCGUCCCCGGUCGUGCACUUGGCCCUUGCCCCGGCCGGAGUUCAUCAACCCCGGCGACUCCAACACGUCCUCGCCGGUGCCGUCUGUGAAGCAGGAACCAGUCGGCAACGCCGAGUUCAUCAACAACCUUAGCCUGCUGGAGGAGACCGAGGACUUCACGGAGCAGAAGCCUGUCAUCCUGUGCACUGAUUUCCAGUGUCAGGAGAACUGCGUCCACCAGCCACCUCCACAGCAGCAGCAGCAGCAACAUCAGCAGCAUCAUCAGCACCCAAACCCGCAACUCCCGCAUCAUCAUCACCAGCAACAGCAGCAGCAGCAGCAGCAGCAGGUGCCUCUGCUCUCCUCCCCGGUCGGCUCGUCGUCCACGGCGGCUUCAGCUGCCGCCGCUGCCCAGAGGAAGAGCAGCUCCUCCCGGCGCAACGCAUGGGGGAAUAUGUCAUAUGCAGACCUCAUAACCAAAGCUAUCGAAAGUUCUCCUGAGAACCGACUAACUCUGUCUCAGAUUUAUGACUGGAUGGUGAAGAGUGUGCCUUAUUUCAAGGACAAAGGAGACAGCAAUAGCUCUGCAGGCUGGAAGAACUCCAUUAGACACAACCUGUCGCUGCACAGCCGCUUUGUUCGCGUCCAGAAUGAGGGGACGGGGAAGAGCUCUUGGUGGAUGCUAAACCCGGAGGGCGGGAAGAGCGGCAAGUCCCCGCGACGCAGGGCAGUCUCCAUGGACAACAACAGCAAGUUCACCAAGAGCAGAGGAAGAGCAGCUAAGAAAAAGCUGUCCCUGCAGGGCGGCCCUGAUGGAGGUGCAGACAGCCCAGGCUCCUACUCCAAGUGGCCUGGCAGCCCAAACUCCCACAGCAACGAUGACUUUGAUGCAUGGAACAGCUUCAGGCCUCGGACCAGCUCCAACGCCAGCACUCUGAGCGGCCGCCUCUCACCCUUCAUGCCUGAGGACGACCUCGGAGAGGCAGACGUGCAUAUGGGCUACCCAGGAGCCCCAGGGGCCAAGAUGACAGCCACGCUGCCCAGUCUCACAGAGAUGACGGGCUCUCUGGGACACAGUUCUGAGAAUGUCAUGGAGAACCUUCUGGACAACCUGAACUUACUCUCGCCCAACAACUCUCAGGUUGGAGGAGGGGCAACGACCCCUGGCUCCUCCCAGUCCUCCCCCUCUCCUAUGAUGCAGCCAAGCCCUGGGUACCCCGCUUACAGCUCCCCCAGCAUGGCCUCGCAGCCUCAGCAGGAGUACCGCAAGUGUGUGUACGGCCAAGCGGGAAUGAACACCCUGUCGUCCAUGCCGCUGCAGACACUGCCAGAGAGUAAGCCCAGCUUCGGCCCCGGUAUGGGCCAGUACAGCUGCCCUGCGGGGCUUCUGAAGGAGCUGCUGACGUCAGAUACAGACCAGCACGGAGAGCUUAUGCCGUCAGUGGACACUGUGGUGUCUCAGUCCAGUGGAGGCUGCAUGCUGCCGCCAUACAGCAGCAGCCAGCAUGCAGCCAAACUCAUGGGAGGAGGGAACGGUCACCCGCAUGGUCUCUCUCACACUCACCCCCACAAUGUGCACAGCCAGGCCCCGGCCACGUCACCCGCUAUGAACGGCCGCUUGCUCAUGUCCCUGAGCCACAGCGGGGGCACCGCGCGUUUGCCUACAGCCAAAAGCCCUAUGCAGAUGCAUUACGGCCUCUCCAGCCACCUCAGCGGGGGAGGGAUGCCUGGUGGCUUCUGCCCUCUCAACACCAAUGGAUACGGCCGGCCGGGCUUGCCACAGCCCUCGCACCCAGAGAAGCUGCCCAGCGACCUGGACGACAUGUCCAUCGAGAAGUUUGAGUUUGACAUGGAGACAGUCCUACAUGACACUCUGAUGGACGGGGACUCCCUGGACUUCAACUUUGAGCCAAUGGUGACCCAACAAGGUUUCCCCCAUGGAGUGAAGACCACCACACACAGCUGGGUGUCAGGGUAGAAACUGUAGUGCAGAAAAGGUUCUGUUCAACUGAUUUGUUGUUGUUGCUGUUUGGUAAAAGACACAAUCAGAACUCAUUUGAGACAAAAAGUGUAUCUUAGGAUGUUUAAUUCUCAUCCCAACUUCACCUGCAGUUUCUGUACCAUCAACAUUUCUGUUUCAAAAAUACUUUUCGGAUCACUUCAGCAGACUGAGACUGGUAGCGAAAUGCUCAGGAUGCGUCUCCAUUAGAGCCCCUGAACUGGUGAAGAUGAAAUCAGAAUUAUUUUUGAAAUAUCAAACAUUCUGUACAAACUAAGUGCCAAACAUUAUGCCUUAAAGUAAGAGCCAAACUGAAACACACACCUUUUUGGUUUACUCACCAAGGUUACAGAUAUUAUACAGUGGUUGUGUCUGCGAUUUUUGCAAGUGACAGCUACAUCUCAUCAUCAUCAUCAUCAUCAUCAUCAUCAGCAGCAGCAGCAGCAGCAGCAGCAGCAGCAGCAGCACAAUCUGUAGAAGUGCACAAACUCAUACCAUGCUGUUUACUGUGUUUCCACAAUCAAACGUUUUGUAUGUACAGUGUAGUGAUAACUGAUUACCACUACGAAAGAAUUAUGAAGGUAAUCUGGCUCAUGGGUUUGUGGACUGACAUGAUGUAAAGUGAGAGACUUCUCAAGGGAUCCUUGGAUUAUGUUACACAAUAACUCACUUUGUUAUUGCCUGAAUGUACAUAAUGUCAUCAUACAGUUGUAAAAUCAGGUCUCGUAGUGUAUUUUCUAAGACUGUAAAUAGUGUUUACAGAGUGGAAGCAAAAAUCAAGGCAGCAGAAAUGAGCUCACAGAGAAAACUGGAUCGGAUUCUUUUAAACACAUGUCGAUUUGACAGAUGCUGUGCUUAAGGAUUCUUCUUAAUCAGGCUGUAAAACGGUAAUACACUUUCUGAUUUCUUGUACAUACAUUAAGAAUGUAUAUUAAAAUGAUGUAGUAUGAUGUUUACUAGAUUUAGUAUAUAUUUGAGACCUAAAUUAUUUGUGUUUACUAUAGAUUUAUGCUGGUGCAUAACCUGCACUCAGACAUCAGAAUUGUUCUGAGUCGUUCGUCACUCUUAACCUUAAUACCACAGGGGCCUAUUUAUUGUGCCUAACAAAGUAGAUAUCGACUGCAGGCUUGAAGGGUUUUAUAUUGUAAAUGUCUAUGGUCCAGAAGAUACUCAAAUCCAGCAGUCUUGAAGAAAAGUACAGUGAAUUCUUUAUUUUCAGUUCCCUGCUUUCACUUUUCUUUAGAAGUCGAGAAGAAACGAGUGACAGUAGAUUGUUAGGGUUUCCUGAACGCUUCACAGCGCUAUGAAUGUUGAGAGGUCAAGGCAGGUUGGUGGAUAAAAGAUAUUCUCAGUGCUACUGUCGUUUUCACACCAAGGCUAGGUCCAAGACCUGCCAGAGAUUGUCAUUAAAGACACUGUGAGUACCCAGCCUGUCCCCUGUUAAGUUUCAGAACUUUUUUUAUUUUCUUCCUUGUCUCAAAGGGUUAAUGUGACUGAUUUAAAUUAGUACAGUAUAAUUCCUUUUUGUCUAAAAGAGCCCUCUGAUGCUGUCAAUAGGAUCAGCUUUUACUGCUUUUAAUGAGACUCCACUUACACUCUGCCCCUCCUACCUCUACCUAUCUCUAUGUCUUUUUAAACAUUUGAUAUAAUGGUAACACAUGACUUGAUAGCUCCAAUAAUCUUUUUAAUAACAAGUCUAUUUUAAUUAUUUUUUAAAGUUGCCCCUGAAAAGCGCCACUAAGUGUUAAGUAUCUUAUCUAGCUUGUAUAUUUGCAUUUUCUGACUUGCUUUCCCCACUUAUUGCUGUACUAACAAUGAGCUUGUCAGCCUGUAUAUAUAUUAUGCAGAGUCACAAAUAGUGUACAAGAUUGUGACUACCUUUGUGAAGAUGGUAUCUGCAAACAUGAAUGCUUCUCACGAAGUCGACUGGUUCGGUGGCUGAAAGACCAAGUGGCUCAGAGAUAACAAACUAAAACUGAAAACUGCCUAUUCGACAUUAAUGUUUAUUGCAUGAUUUAUCCAGAAACCACAUGUAUCAGUGGGUGUCUGAUCAUGUGUUGUCAAGGGCUCUGAGUAUGUAGGUUUUUAUUCAAGUCGUACUACUAAUGAGUUCACUUCCAACUAGAGGGGAAAGCUCUUUAAUUAGUUUUUGGUGUUUGGUUGAAAUGAAAACUUGCGUACUCGAGACCAGUAAUGGCACAUGAUCUGACACCCCUGACUUAGAUUUUAAGAAAGCCAGGGAGCAGGGCAGGUUUAAGAAAAGUAAAAUAAAAUUCUUAACAUUUCAAAAAGCCCUGCAGAGAAACCGCUAAAGAAGCUGCUGUUUGGCUUUGGUGCCAGGUGUUGCCUUUUCUUACCCAAACAUGCCAUAGUGUACUAUAGCCAAAUUUGCCUUUGAAGUCAAAGUGAUAUAUUUAGCAUUUUUAUUAUGUGAUAUGUUCAGAAUUAUAUAUAUUUGUGCCGGUCACUCAAGUCAGGAUAAACUGUAAUGAAUCCAUGUAGUCAGUGUCACAGGGUUCACUCUAAAAGUAAAAGAGCUGUACUAAGUAAAUUAUAUCUCUACAUUUUUAAAUGAUUGAAUCUAUGCAUUGUAUUCCUUAAUUUUAUGUUGCUAUUGUUAUAUUUUCUUUUUCUUUGAACUUAUGACAGAGAUAUUUUAUUGUAACAUAGCGCUGUGAGAUAUUAUGUUGGUGUUGAUGUCAAAACUCUAUGUUCCAGAUAGUUAUAUGGGGGAAAAAAAAAUGAAGUUUAUUUAGAAAAUAGACGAUGCAGUGAUUAAUAUGCUAAGCUUUUGUUAACUGACAAUGUUGUAUUUCUUGUAUUUAGCUACAGUUUUUAGAAAAUAGCAUCAAAAAGGAAAUUACAGAAAAAAAAUUUAAAGAUAUAUUUCAUUUUUAAAAUGAAAAACACAAUAUAUAGUCUGUCAGAGAAGUCCUGCUCAAAAUGCAGAUACUGGACCAAUUUUUAUAAUUUUAUGAGUAGAACGAUAUUGCACUUUUACUUACAUUUUAUAACAAAGUGCCCCUCGUAACUAGAGGAAGAGUUCCCAUUACAUAUUUUAAGAUAAAAAUCUGUUACAUUUAACUUAUACACGGGAAGAAAUUGGACUUGUGCUGUGGGAUUUGAAAUCAAUAAGAAUAUGUAACUCGUUCAAUAUUAAUGUAUUAAGACCUGAAUAAAUGUACUUCUGUGUUAAA